GGAAAUACACACAUAAUGGAUACCAGCAAGCAUGAAGAUUUUCCUCAAAGUGAAAUUGUGAAAUCGUUGCGCAAUAUUAUAAAAUAUGAGAGUCUCGAGCACAGCAAUUUGCUGUCUAUACGUAAUGAGUUAGCCAAAAGGCAUCCUAAUGCUGAAUCCUACUUUGAAACUCAUAAGGAAGAAAUAAAUGGAUUGAUCGUAGAUGUGCUUAAAUGCCUACAUAGUGAAGGUGAACUUUCAUAUAACGUGAAAUCUGAAGUUGUGGAGACUAGCGUCAAAGUUGAGAAUGAUGCUAAUGUACCCAUAUCUACUAUGGAGAAAGUCAAUAGUGAACCAAAUCCAAAAGUGACAACAUCAACUUCCGAUGCCGGUGAAGAUGUAGAGCAACUUGCAAAGCGUGCGCGCAAAAACCAGAGUUCCAUUAUGACACGGGAGGAAUUUUCAGAGAAGGCCCAUACAAUAACCGUUCAAAUUGAAAAUACGGUAUUCAAGGUACCAAGCAGGGUCUUUUCUACCGGUAGCUGUGGAUGGGGUCUCAACGAGCGGGUUACAAUAGAGGUAGAUGGCAGGAGCCUUAUUUGCCAAGUCGGACUCAACUGCACUGUAGUAGGUUCCAAGUCCUGGAAGCCUUAACUGAUUUACACUGCACAUUUUAUAAUGCUACUGCAAUGACUGCUUUCACAGUGUAGAAUCUCUGAGGCAGAAAGGUAAAACUUUCGUAGACAUAAAUGCGGUAACAUAAAACAACAUAUCGAUACAAGAAUUUUUUGGCU